AUGCCGAGGGCCGAUCGCCACACUGUCCUCAUCGACGGCGAGUGCGUCCUGUGCGACGGCUUUGCGGUCUUCGUCGCGCGCCACGACCCCCACGGCGCCUUCGUCUUCGAGACGCAGCAGUCCCCCGCGGGGCAGCAGCUCCUGGACCUGCACAACCUGCCGAACGACCUCAACACGAUUGUGCUGAUCGAGCGCAGUGGCAAGGCUGAGCGCGCGCACGUCAAGUCUAGCGCCGUGCUGCGGAUUGCUCGCCGAUUGUCGUUUCCCAUCUGGUUGGCAGCGGGCUUUCUGGUGGUGCCGUCCUUCGCAAGAGACUGGUGCUAUGACGUCGUGGCGGGCAACCGGUAUCGGCUGUUCGGCAGGAAGGAGACGUGCGGGCUGCCGGACAAGGUCAUUAGGGAGAGACUCACGCGGAAACUGGAGGAGUGA